ACUGUGAUCACUGAGUCUGUAUUUGAGUAUGAGGAGUCUCAAGCUCUCUCGGAUAGUACACAUGGAUUUCCAGCUCGCAACAGAACACGAGCUCACCUGAAAUCCUUAAGCAACUCCCAUCAUAUCUGCUGUUUUAUUUAAAUGUUAAUAUUCUCAUACUGCAUAUACCUGCAUUAACCUGCUAGUUAAUAAGAGGGAGAGAGAGAGAGAGAGCAAGAUCUGGAAGAACAGAAACACUGGAGGACUUUUACUACAAUGGCAAGAAUAUUGACAUUGAUGUUUCUUGCACUCGGAUUGUCCUGCGUGCUCGCGCAAAGAGUGAAUAAGCACAAGCCGUGGAUCGAGACUUCAUAUCGUGGUGUCAUCACAGAAAACACAGAUGUGGUUCUGUUGGAUCCUCCUUUAGUCGCUCUGGACAAAGAUGCACCAGUACCAUAUGCAGGUGAGAUUUGUGGGUUUCACGUGCAGGGUCUCGGCGCUCCGUUCGAGGCUGUGGUUCUGAACAGCACAUCAGGAGCAGGGCAGCUGAGGGCACGUGGACCAAUCGAUUGUGAGCGUCAGAGAGAGUACACCUUCAUCAUACAAGCACAUGACUGUGGCACAGGACUGCCAGGCAAUGGAGAGAAGAGAUCAGACAAGGCUGUGGUGCACGUCCAGGUGGGAGAUGAGAACGAGUUCUCCCCUGUGUUUGGUCAGUCGGAGUAUCAUGGCUCGGUGAUGGAGGGUAAAGUGUCUGACAGUAUUCUGCAGGUGCAGGCGUCAGACCGUGACUGCUCUCCUCAGUACAGCCAGAUUUGCAACUACCAGAUCAUCACUGAGGACACACCCUUCGCAAUAGACCGCAACGGUAACAUCAGGAACACAGAGAGUCUGAGCUUUGAUAAGAAGCCACAUUAUAAAAUCCAAGUAAUUGCAUAUGACUGCGGUCAGAAGAGAGCGGCGCAGGAGGCUGUGGUGCACAUCCAUGUAAAACCCAUUUGCAAGCCUGGAUGGCAAAGCUGGAACAAGCGUGUUGACUAUGAGCCAGGCACAGGCAGUAAAUUGUUAUUUUCCAAGAUGCACCUGGAGACCUGUGAUGGAUUUGUGUCCUGGAUUAGGAUCACAGUGGAACUGCAUACCAGUCUUGUUGGAAAGGGUUGCAACAGAGGGUCGCACUCUGAGACGUCUUUACAGAAGCUCUGCGGAGCUUCAUCAGACACCACAGACCUUCUCCCCGCCCCAAGCUCAAUUUUUAAUUGGACGGCAACUCUUGUAAUGGAUGACGGUCAGGACAGUGACCUCAUAUACCGGUUUUAUGGUCGUCAAGCUGCCAAGAUUCCAGACUGGGUCGUCCCGCAAAAUCUAACGGAUAGGUUCACCAUAGCAACAUGGAUGAAGCACGGACCAAGUCCAGGACAGAGAGCGGAGAAAGAAACGCUUCUCUGCAACUCUGACAAAACUGAGAUGAACAGACACCAUUAUUCUUUGUAUGUGCAUAACUGCAGACUGGUGUUCCUGUUGAGAACGGAUUACACACAGACCGACACGUUCAGACCGGCAGAAUUCCACUGGAAAUUAGAGCAGAUCUGUGAUAAGGAGUGGCAUUAUUACGUCAUAAGCGUUGAGUUUCCAGAAGUGACUCUUUAUGUUGAUGGCUUGACCUAUGACCCUUACCUGGUGACAGAUGAUUGGCCCAUCCACUCCCUUCAGAUCGACUUGCAGCUCACCGUAGGAGCCUGCUGGCAAGGUGGCGAGGUCUCUAAAGCGAAGUUCACGCAGUAUUUUCGAGGCAGUUUGUCUGGACUGACAGUUCGACCAGGAAAGAUAGAAAGCCAGAAGAUCAAUACCUGCCUGCAGGCCUGUAAAGAGGGUCUGGACAUCACCUCACUGGAGAGUCUCGGACAGAGGAUAAAGUUUCACUUCAAUCCCACUCAGUCUCUUGUGGUGAUGGAGGGGGAGGAUUUGGAGCAGAUGAACGCAGCAUUGAGGAAAGUUUCUUACAUCAACUCUCGACAGUUUCCCACUGCGGGAGCGCGUCACCUACGGAUCUCAACAGCAGUGCAAUGUUUCGGAGAGGAUGUGUGUAUUUCUGUUCCUGAUAUUGAGGCAGUUGUCAUGGUAAUGCAGCCCAGAGAACCAUGCAUCACAAUCAAUGGGGCGGAGCACCUGACCGUCCCUGCCUCCGACCUUGCCCUAGGCCUAUCACUGUUCAGGGAUUUGCAUAUUAUCAGCACAGUUAUAAAGCAUAAAGAACCUACGUAUAACACAGAUCGCAGGUCAGGUGUAUUGAAGGAAAUCACUCAUAACCUGGACUAUUGUGACAUCAUUGUGUUGGGGGAGGAGUUAAGGGUGGGGCUAGAGAAUCUUGUACUGCACCACAGUGCUUUAACGGGCAAACAACUGAAAUACACCAACUCUACCACCAACAUGUCCAUAUAUGGUGUGGACUCCAUUUCUCACUACACAGAUGUGAUCAGACAGGUGCGAUAUCAGAACCAUCAAGCUGUCAACUCUGUCCGAUCAUUUAGACUGACCUGUUCAGAACUCAAUGGACGUUACACCAGCAAUCAGUACACACUACAGGUCAACAUUCUUCAUAGUGAGGAUGCCGUUGAACAUGUCAAUCAUGUGAUGGCCCCGCCUAAAUACAUGCAAAUGAUUCAUCCUAUGGUCAUGGAACCUAAAACCCACAGCAUAGCUGUACCCAGUGCUGCCACGGUUGUGAUUGUGGUGUGUGUCACCGCCCUAGUGGUUGUGUUGGGUGUUUACCACCUCUUCCAAACACACAACAAAGAGGACAAGCACACACACACGCUGCCAGAAAAACAACCUGAUUGGGACGGCUCCUGUCUAUCCAUCACUGUCAACCCACUGGAGAGUUUUGAAGAACUGCAGCCUGCAGAAGAAUUAACAGAGGAAGAGGAGGAUGAAGAUGAAGACGUCUCUAGUACUGAAUCAGACGGUGAUGAAGAAACUACAACACCUGUCAUACAUCAUCAAACCACAAUGCAAUGGAGAAAAGCAACAAUACACUGUUGAAAACAAAUACAUACACUCAAAUACAACACUCUACCUUUAACAUCUCAAUGGCAGUUCAACCUGCAAAACAUUCAAGUUUUUACAUGUUACAAGACUCAUCCCUCUCACAAAUACAAACGAACACUAAAAAGACUCCUUGCUGUGUUUCGAAACAGCUCCAAUCCUUUUGUGAUAGUGUUUGGUGUCAGAACCAGUCAAAGUCUUGCAUCCUCUUCAAUCCCUUUAUCUGCUCUGUCUCUCUAUUGCUGGAGGACAGAAACAGUGUUUCAGUGCUGUGGAACGCUCAUCAACCAGCAGUCUGUUCAAGCUUCUGAUGAGAAAAGUAUUUCUUGAGACAAAAUAGAUUGCAACAGUCUAGUUCCGCAAGUAAAAAUCCCAUUCAUUUUGUCCGUAGACAAAUUGAUUUUCAAUGAUAACUAAUAAACCUUUUAAGACAGAUAUACCGUCAGUUCCAAGGUUGUUCAUCAAUGGUAAAUACUUCCGUAUAAGCCAUCCGUCUGCAUUAUUUCAACUUCAUUGUUUAAAAAUCAUGUUUGAUAGCAGAAAUCAUAGUAAACAACUACAUUACCCAUGGUCCAGCAAAGAAAGCUUCACCAAUCAGAGAACUGCAGCCAACCAAACCUGCCAAACGUGCUUUAGAGCGACCGCCCACUCCAGUGAUGCACUGUGAAUGAUAUAAUCGAGUCUGUGUUUCAUCACCCUCAAACUACUUAUCUUUUUGAACAAAUCAGAAUUUAUUUUGCAGUAAAUUUUAAAUAUGUUGUUUCUAUACUUAGAAGCAACAAUCAAUAGUUUUAUAUAUUCCCAUCGUUUUUUAUUAAAAGACAUCAUUCGCAAUGCUUCAUGGGAUUGUAGUCCGUGCCCUCAUGAAAGACGGUAAGUACACAAUCUUUUUUUUUUUUAUCUCAAAACAAAGUGUGUGAUGUUGUGAUUUACCUUGGUGCUGGUUGAUUUGGUUCAUGGCUUACAGCUCUUUUAUGAAGGAUUUUAUGAAAAGUCUAUGGGGAAAAUGAAUGGGAAAAAUACUUCUAUCAGGAAGACUUGCAGAUUUGAGUAAAGUUUUAGAUGACAUUUAUUUGCUGAAUAUAAAACAGAAAUGUAAUGUCUCUGGCGUAAGCCCCGUCUGGCAGUCCGAGGAAGUUGUACUCAGAACCAUAAGAUCCUGCAAGAGAUAGGAGGCAGGGGCAAGGAGCCUACCCCUGUACAGGAUGGGACUCAACUGGUGGCGGUGGGGUGGUGGAGGUUGUCGUGUUAGCACACUGAAACAGCAAUGUGAUAGAUUGUGAGCAGACUUAUAAAGCAAUGGCUUACAUGUGAUUAGCUAGGAGUUACCUAACUAAUGGCGCGAUGUUGUGCAGCUGCUAGUCUUCCCGCUAGAACUACGCUGCGCUUACAUUUCCGUAACACAGACAGCUGAAUAAGUGAGCGGGCACUGGUGUGCUUUAUACAGUCCUCUAGUAUAAACUCUUUUAUUCUGAGACCUUCACAAUGUGAAAUUAUCACCAUUUCUCAUUAUACUCUUUGGAGUGGCCCUAAAGAUUUAAUCAGACUUAGAGGUCGACCGAUAAUAAAUUUUGCCAGUAAUUUGCCAGCCGAUUUCUGAUUAUUAGGCUGAUAGUUUUUAAAUCAAUACAUUUGUGGCUACAUGUAAUGAUAAUAAAAACACAUACCUGUGUCAAAAUGAUUAUUAAUCGGCAUCAGUUUGAAGUGUCAAGUAGCAAUGUCCGGUAAUCGUGAACAUAUCGCUCUUUUGAAACAUUUCUUUUCAGUAAAUCGGUUGAACCAGUUUACCAAAUCGGGAAAAAAUCUGUUGGAACAGUUCGCGUCUCGAGUCGACAUUGAUUGGUAAGUUACUCAAUCAGCUAUAUUAUCCUAGAACUAGUGAUGUCUGCUUUUGGUAACGUUUCUUCGCAAUGAACCGAUCCAGUCAUAAUAAUUCUUGAGUCAAAAGGACACUGAAUCAAGAACCGUCUCUUUCGGACAUGUCCGAAAUGCCGAAAACCGAUGUUUGGCUCUGUGCUAAGUGUAGACCUGAGAAAAUUUAGCAGCAGUGUUAGGUAAGUUACUCUAAAAAAGUAAUGAAUUACUAACUACUAAUUACAUCUUCUACAGUGUAAGUAGAUUACUGUUCUAAUUACUCUGUCUGAAAAGUAAUUGCAUUACUUAUUACUAAUUACUUUCUAAAACCCUCAUCAACCUCGACUAGAUGAAAAAUACAAGUAUAGACAUGAAACUGUUCUUUUAAUUCUUUCAAAUAAAUCAUAAAAAUCAAAUAAAUUAUUCAUGAACUGGGCAAAGAAUUUAAGGGGGCAGCGCCAUUAGACGUUAAAUUUCGAUUUUACAUUCACUAUUGUUUUAUAUAGAAUUGUUCUAGAGUCUAUACAGUAUUUAACACAAUUACAUCAGAAGUAACUGUAAUUAAAUGACUGAAAAAUUAAGAGUAAUCCCUUUACUUUUUUCAAUGAAAAAGUAAUUUAAUUACAGUAAUUAAUUACUUAGUAAUGCAUUACACCCGACACUGUUUAGCAGAGACGCGCUACUUUUAUUAAAAUUAAUGGAAUAAAUUGGAACUCCCAACAGUCAGCGAAUGUAGAAAGGAAGUCCCACCUUACAGGUAAAAGAGCCAGUCACCUUUUAGAUACAGAAAUCGCCUGUCAAUCAACUCGAGUAUGUGCAUGCGCAUUAGCUAUACAUGUGGGGAAAAUAGUUUUUUUGCGUUAUCUGAGGUAAAUAAACACAAUUUAUGAUACUAAUCUUGUCAUAAUUUACUGCUGGUUUGAAAUAUGUUGUUUGAUCGUAAUCUUGACCAACCGUUUUGGAGAUUUUGGUCUUUCCCAAUUCAAGUAGAUAGGAUCUGCACUGGCAUGACUGGAAAGAAUCUCCCGAGAGCGUUCCAAAGAUGGCCGCCAUGGACUGACUUGGUAGAAAGACUUCGAUGUACAUACAUGUGGUCAUGAGUCAGAAUGAACCUCCCAUGAUGAAUCAGUGAUGUUUUUUUUUUUUGUUUUUUUUGCAGUUUUAUGUUGUUGUUUUUUUAUUCCAGAACCCAUGAGUGCCACCAAUGGAAUAAAAAAAAAAAAAAAACGAUCGAUGUUGAUUUGAGUUCCAAAAUAUAUUUUAUUGCCAAAAAUGUUAAAUCAGUCGACUCGUAAUAUUUGUAAUGAUAAAACGAAUGACAAACAAAAAUAAAAAUCUGAA